AUGGAAGGCUUGGGUGGAGGGAGCAGUAAGGAAGGCUUGGGUGAAGUGAGUGGCAAGGAAGGCUCGGGUGAAGCAAGCGGUAAGGAAGGCUUGGGUGAAGCAAGCGGUAAGGAAGGCUUGGGUGAAGCAAGCAGUAAGGAAGGCUUGGGCAUAGUGAGCAGUAAGGAAGGCUUGGGCAUAGCGAGUGGUAAGGAGGGCUCAGGCAUAGCGAGCGGUAAGGAAGGCUCAGGUGAAGGGAGUGGCAAGGAAAGCAGGGGUAAAGAGAGUGGCAGAGAGGGUUGUGGUGAAAAAACUACUGGGGAAGGCUGGCGAAGAUGGAGCAGUGGAGUUGUACCGCAGUAUGAAUGGUUCCUGUGCUUGAGGGAGUGCAGUAGACAUAGUCAGAUUUUCACCAGACACAAACUCCUUUCUCCAGGCAGUGAUUGCAAGAUGAGGUCUGUGAUAAAUAAAGGAGGAGAACUGCAUCCAGAUGUCAAAAUGAGGUCAGUGGUUGAUGGAGGUGUACUGGGUAUAGAUGUGGGAACCGAAGUUCCCUUUGAAGACCCACCUAUUCAUAUAUCAGUUGUAGACCUACAAACCGACUAA